CUUAAUGAACAGCGCAUAUACUUUCACUGUGAAAAGGGCGAGAGGGGGAACAGGGGAGUCCCAAACCCUACCCCCGCCGCCCCCUCAAAUUCCCAACCUAUCCCGCCGGAACACCGCGAAUUGCUCGCCGGAGCGCCCUCUUCCCCGACGCCGGUAGGCAGAUUCGCCGCCCAAACCGGCCGUGCGAGAGUCGCCGCCGCUGGGGGUUCGCAACGCCGCCGUUGCUCGCCAUCGUCCGCAGCGCCCUAGUUGAUCGGAAUCUGAUCUGACGUACGGAGCACCGGCGACCAGUCACCAUGCCGGGAACCGGAGGCGCGACCGUCCUGGACGACCUUUCCGAGUGGAUCGUUGUCGAAGAGAUCCUCAUCCGUUUGCCGCCCAAGGACAUCCUCCGCUGCCGCGCCGUCCGCAGGUGGUGGCACAGUGCCACCUCCACCGACAAGUUCAUGCUGGACCACCACCGCCGCCAGCCCUUGCUCCCGAUGCUCAGCCAAGUCGUCGACCCGCAGCCGCAGGAAGCCCGCCUCCUGUUUUCCUUUGAUGCCGGUGCAGGCCAGCAAAAACUCUGCCCUGUUGUCCGGACCUACGACUACGGUAAACUCCAGGCCGCCUGUGAUGGCCUCCUCAUUGUCUCCCACGGAUCCAUGACGGAUGAGUUCAUCUGCAACCCGGUCACCCGCAAGUCUGCCCGCCUAGCAAAGCCUCUGGCCCAACAGGGUUAUUACCACCAGAUUAUCGGCUUCUACCGGCACCAACCAUCUGGAGGAGAAUUCCGAGUUCUAUGGAUCUCUAGUCCGGCAAUCUACAAUGCAUACAACACAAAUUACAGAACUUUCUACUACGUCAUAGCGGCGGGAUCCGAUAAUACAAGAUACAUGAGACAAGGAUGCAUACCACAACCAAUAUCCUCGUCGCCUUCCUUGGAGCUGGCAUUACGCAGGGGCCUGCCUGAUUCGUCCCAAUAUCCACCAGUCCACCACCGUGGCGGCCUGCACUGGAAACUUGGAAAAUACCACGGCUGCGAUGCGGACUACAUAAUGGUGUUCAACACAUCAGCUGAAAAAUUUCGAUUGAUGUGUCGUCCUGCCCGAUUGGGCAACUGCUUACAGGAGUCAUUGCUGGAGAUGAAUGACACUCUUGCUUUGUGCAGCAUCAGUAGUGACAAACACACCAUAGAUGUUUGGGUGGUACAGGAUUACGAUGCCGAGACCUGGUCUUUCAAGCAUCAGAUUAAUUUGACCGGGGUGGAUCCAUCAGCGCUUGUUGAUCCAGAGGUGACAAUGAUCCCUAGGAUGGCUGCUCUCAGUGAGGGUGUUCUGCUGAUCCAGUUCACUCGUAGGCGUGUGUUGCAUUUUGACAUCGAUGGCAAGUUCUUAGGAUAUGUGAAGAGCAAAGAUGACCAAGAAAUCGACUUAUGGGUUACCAAUCAUUACCUCCGAGGGAGCGUUAUUCCCCUUCCACUGCCCCAUGAGAUGAGAGAUGAAGAUGGUGCAAGUCAGGAGCCUCCAUUUUUCGUUGGAUUGUAGGAUACAGUGCUUGAUCCUGAUGUUCUACACUGCAGAUUUAAGCUUUGGGAACAGUGAUGCGAUAAAAUUCUCAACCAUCAAUGUCGAUGUGAAUUUUCUUUUGUUGCGGGGAAUUUAUGUGAACUCUUUGUAGAAUCCAUUAUUCUCAAGUUGCUUCUAUCCACAUGGUGUUUUAGUGUUAAGUCUGAAGAGGGUGGAUGAGACUCCAUUCAGCUGCUCAUGUGUCAGUCUGAAGAGCUCACGAAGCUAGCUAGUUAUUGUGUGCAUCAUGUCAUGAUGUGAUGUGCUUGGCUCUUGUUCAUCUGGUGUCUUAAUUUGUAGUACUUCAUAGUAUGCUUGUACUUGCUAGCAAUGCAUCUUGGAAAGUUGGAAGGAUAAGGAGGCAGCCAGCAGUCUACUGGUGUAAACCUGAACUGAACUGAGCUCUCACAACUGAGUAGACUCUGCUUUCUAUGUAAUUUUUUUAAAACAGCAGACUCUGCUUUCUAUGUAAGCAGUAUGGUAAUCCUGAUUCUGCUGGAUGGAUGGAUGCUAAACACUGCGAAGUAUGAUCUAUGGAGACCAAAGCUUAUGGAAACA